AUGUCAACUGCCACCCCUUCUCAGAAUGGCGAAAGCACUUCCGCAGUGAAAGCCGAGCCAACGCCGCCACCAAACUAUGCCCUCUCCAAAGAACUAACCGGCCACAUCAAGCCAGUCUCCUGCGUGAAAUUCAGCCACGACGGAAAAUUUCUUGCCUCCUGCUCGCCGGAUAAGACGCUGCGCAUUUGGUCAGUCGAAGACGGGCAGCUCCUCUCUACCAUUACCGGCCACAAACUUGGGAUAAACGACCUUUCGUGGAGCUCCGACGGAAAAUACAUCUGCACCGCCAGUGAUGACACGACGGUCAAGGUCUGGGACUUGGAAACGAAGAAGGCCAUCAAGAGCUUCAAAGGGCAUAGCAAUUACGUCUUCUGCUGCUCCUACAACCCCACUAGCAACCUCAUCGCUUCAGGCUCAUUCGAUGAGACUGUGCGAAUUUGGGAUGUGAAGAGUGGACAGAUGACUCGUACCCUGCCUGCCCAUGCCGAUCCAGUCUCUGCCGUCUCUUUCAAUCGGUAUGGCACCCUGAUCGCCUCAUCCAGCUACGACGGCCUUAUUCGUAUUUGGGAAGCCUCCACUGGCCAAUGCGCUAAAACGCUCGUCGAUGAUGAGAACCCGCCCGUAUCGUUCGUCAGAUUCUCACCUAAUGGCAAAUACAUUCUUUCCGCUUCGCUUAACAGUUCGCUAAAGCUCUGGGACCUCAACAAGGCACGAUGCCUCAAGACUUACAAGGGCCACAAGCAAGAAUGCUUCUGCAUUGGAGCCAAUUUCUCAGUGACCGGCGGAAAGUGGAUCGUCACUGGGUCUGAGGAUGGCGAUGUCCUUGUUUGGAAUCUUCAGACCACAGAAGUUGUACAGCGCUUUAAAGCGCACGAAGAUACUGUCCUCGCCAACGACUGUCACCCCCAUGAGAAUAUCAUCGCCACUGCAUCACUUUACCAGGGCAACAUCAAGCUUUCGGAGAAGCCGUGCGCGGUCCCGCCGCGAUUCCAUGGCCAGGCGCUCACGCUUUCUGGGGGAGGGAUACAGUCGGCCGGGGAUUUCUUCAUCAUGGAUCAACAGGCGUUCUUGAAAGAUCAGAUGGAGGCUGUCGAGAAGGCGUUAAACAAGCACGAGAUCCCGCUGAAACCAAAGCACGCCCGUCGCCUCAUCCUCGGCACUCACCGCGUCAAAUCAGCUGUAAUCUUCUGGGAUGCUGUGCAUCAAGUACAGUUGAAAAAGAACCCUGUUAUUUCCUGGAAGUUCUGCCAUCUCCUUCAUUGUUUGCUGGCGAACGGCCAUCGCUCUGUACCUGGAGAUUCAUACAGAUUCGUGCGCCGCUUCGAUGAACUGUCCCAGUUUUGGCGUUUCCUACAAGGUUAUGGACAGUGUAUCGACAAAUAUUGCAAGUUGCUGGGCGCCCGUCUAAAUUUCCACCAUCGGUAUCCGCAAUUCCUUGGAAACCUGAAGAUUGCCGAAGAUGCGGUGAAUGGCUUCAACAACGAUGCGCUAUUUGAGUUGACAAUUGAGCUUUUGGAUCAGCUCGACAAUAUUUUGGAGUUGAAGGCAGCUGUCUGGAUCUAUGUUCAAGCAUACGGACGUGGAUCUGUCGUCCCGCAAGAACAAUGCUUGUUGGCUCCUCUCAUACCCUGUCUCAUCGAUUCGUCUAAACUCUACGAUCACUUGGUUAAGAUGCUCUUCAAACUACACGCCAACGUUCAUCCAGAAACUUUAUCCGGCCAUCGUACGCGUUUUGUGGACAUUUUCCGUCGCACGAAGAGCUUCUACGAGGACUGUUCCGGUGUGCAAUACUUCAAAUAUCUUGUGUCCAUUCCGACACUUCCGAAUGCGCCCCCGAAUUUCCUCAGCGCCGGCGACCUUGCUUCAUAUAAUCCGCCUAAUGCCUAUCAGCUGGAUGGAGGAAGCCAAUCUGACGAAGGCUACGGACUGAUUGAUAUUGACGAUAUCACCUCUAACAUGCCUGAACCCGAACAACCAUCUCCACAACCAAGCGACGCUUCAGCCGAUGAAAUACUCAACCUUCGGCGAGCGCUCGAGGAAGAAAGAAACUCAAAGGAACGCUUUAUUAUGGAAGCCAGAUCGCGCAUCGAACAAUACGAGAAUCGACUUGCCCAAAUUCAAAGCGACUACGAGAAUGCGCAAGCCGAAGCUGAUCUGGCGAAGCAUGAGGCCGGCUCUUUGAAAGGCAAUUUCGUAUCCUAUGCGUAUAAUGUAAAUUUAGUCGAGCUUGAUCGCAAGCAAGGCUUGGCAGGAGAAAGUGAUGCUCGCGUCGCUGAAGCCAAUCAGAAGUUCUACAAAUUGAAGGAUUUGUAUGACAAAUUCCGCAGUGAUCACGUUGCCGCUCUUCAAAAACUGGGCGACCUUCAAAAUGAAAGCACGAGGCAGGAGCAGAGGGUUCUUGGGCUUGAACAAGAAAAGGAUAGUACGAGAGCUCGGGUGACUGAGGGUAUUUGUGCCAUGAUUAAUGAAGGCCACGAAGAUUUGACGAAUGCCACUUCGACGACCUAUCCCCUCCGCCAUCUCAUCGUCAAAUCGGUUGUAAACUGCGCGGCAGCUGCUUAUUCGGCUUCAAUUCACGAAUAUGAUGAAAUCAAUCAGUUGUGCCAUGCCCUCCUCAACGAUGCCGAUGUUGCUUACAAAAAUGGCGAGUUCGGCCAAUUAAAGGGAAAAAUGGCUGAGCUCUCGCAGAAGCUAGCUGAUCUUCCGACGUCUACCGAUAUUGACAAGGAACAAGUCGGAAACGAGAUCGAGCUUGAGAUGAAGCGCAUGGACGACGCCAUCCGCCAGGCCGUCGAGAAAAUUGAGGAGAUUCAGAAACGAGCUCGCGAGGGCACCCAGAAUAAGAUCACGCUCGAGGUCAACGAGGCCAUUCUGGCGUGUUGCCAGCAAUUGAUGAACGCAAUUAUGGUGCUGGUGCUUCGCAGUCGUGAGCUUCAAAAGGAGAUCGAGGAGGCUGGUCGUGGAAUGGGCAGCCCUUCCGAAUUCUAUAAGAGAAACCACCAAUGGACAGAGGGUCUCCUAUCUGCUGCAAAAUCAGUUGGUGUGGCUGCUCGUGUGCUCGUCACGACUGCCGACGAAGCGGUCAGCGGGACCGGCAAGCUCGAGGCGUUGAUCGUGGCCGCUCAGGAAAUCGCUGCCUCCACCGCACAACUCUUCGUGUCUAGCCGUGUGAAAGCUGAUCGUAAUUCGCAUAAGCUUUCUGAGCUGUCUACAGCCUCUCGAGAUGUCAAUCAAUCGACGGCAAAGGUCGUCGCUAGCGUAAGAAACGCACAAGCUACUCUCAAUCCCGACAACACCCUCGACUUUUCUCAUCUUUCUCUCCACGUCGCCAAGAAGGAAGAAAUGGAGGCCCAGGUUAAAAUCCUGGAGCUUGAGCAGAGCCUGGUUCGUGAGCGCGCACGUCUUGCCGAGCUCCGAAAGGCUCACUAUCACCUAGCUUCUGUCAUCGCAUCCGAAAAUGGCGCCGGACAG